AAUACCGACUGUGAAAUUUCCGUGCUGUCUGAAAAUGUAGCAGGGACUCCUAAAAGGGAACUUUGGACAUUUGAAAUGCAGGGAAAGCAUCCCGGAUCUUAAAGUGCCAUCCUGGAAGCCAGAAUAACCCCACGCGAAGUCCAAAACACACGUCCAAUGUCACAGCGCCCUGGGAGAAGGAGGAUCGCUGUUUGCUGACGACGUUUCAACUCCUCAGUUGUAUAAGUGCUGUCGAGGACUCUGCUGAAGGCUUGUGUGACUUUCCAGGCCAUUCUUAUAUUUUCAGAUCUAAUUAGUACUGUUUGCAAGUCAAUAUUCAAACCCGUGUCUUCACAGCAUUUUACGUGACGUUGAAGGCUGUUCUUCAUUACAUCCCUUGUGUCCACAGCCUCGUUUCUUUAUGGAGUUGUGAUCUUUUCGUAAUCAGAUUCUCAUGCGCUGUGUCCAUCGCUGCUGCAGCUGAGGGCUUUCCAGCAAAGCAUUUAAUGAGGAAAUCUGCAUCUGCCCUGUGUCUGUUCUCCUGCAAACUUCUGCUGCAGCAAACGUGUGUGAAGGGAUGCCCCAAACGCUGAGGUCUACCAGCAUGUUUACCCCAUGUGGCUUCAGCCCUCAUCUACAUACUUCAAAAGAAGAUGAACAAGGAGGAUUGAUCUUCCAGGAUGGAAACCUUACCUCAGCAUCUCUGGAUGCUCUAAUCCAGCAUCUUAUACCUACCACGGAUUACUACCCUGACAGAAAGCAUAUAUCUUUAUUCCGGCUGAGUUCCAGGCUCUUCAUCGAACCCCACGAGCUUCUGUCCCGAGUCUGUCACAAGUGCAUUGAGCAGCAGCGGCUGGAUGACCCGGUGCUGGACAAGGCACGGAUCAGAAAAUUUGGACCCAAAAUCUUACAGUUGCUGACAGAGUGGACAGAAACAUUCCCAUAUGAUUUUCAAGAAGAGCGGAUGGUCGGCCAUCUGAAAGACAUGAUUCACAGGAUAGCCCCAUGUGAUGAGGCCUACCGGAAAAAGAUGAAUCAGCUGCUGCAAACUCUGAAUCAGAAGCUUGCAACCCUCAGCCAUGGGCAAGAAGGGAUUGUCAAGAUCAGUGCUGCUGUCUCUGAUAAGCUGGUUGCCUUUAAAAGCAAACCUCCAUCAAUCCAGAGAGAAAUCCUGAGUGUCUGCAGUGACCCCUACACUCUGGCUCAGCAGCUCACACACGUGGAGUUGGAAAGGCUAAGUCACAUUGGACCUGAGGAAUUUGUGCAGGCGUUUGUACAUAAAGACCCUUUGGAUGGCACCAAGACUUGUUUCAGUGAACAGAACAAGACAAGUAACCUUGAGGCCUACGUGAAAUGGUUCAAUAGACUCUGCUAUCUUGUAGCAACAGAAAUUUGCAUGCCUGCAAAAAAGAAACAACGAGCACAAGUCAUAGAGUUCUUCAUCGAUGUGGCCAGAGAGUGUUUUAACAUAGGGAAUUUUAAUUCGCUGAUGGCAAUCAUUUCUGGAAUGAACAUGAGUCCAGUUUCCAGGCUAAAGAAGACUUGGUCAAAAGUCAAAACAGCCAAAUUUUUUAUUCUUGAGCACCAGAUGGACCCUACUGGUAACUUCUAUAACUACAGGACGGCACUGCGAGGGGCUGCUCACAGAUCCCUCACUGCCCACAGCAACAGGGAGAAGAUUGUGAUCCCGUUCUUCAGCCUAUUGAUCAAAGACAUUUAUUUUUUGAAUGAAGGAUGUGCUAAUCGCCUUCCAAAUGGACAUGUCAACUUUGAAAAAUUUCUGGAACUGGCUAAGCAAGUAGGAGAAUUUAUAACCUGGAAGCAAGUGGAAUGUCCCUUUGAACAGGACCCUAACAUCAUCCACUACUUGCACACUGCUCCCAUUUUUACUGAGGAUGGUUUGUACCUGGCUUCCUAUGAAAGUGAAAGUCCAGAAAACCAGACUGAAAAAGACAGGUGGAAAUCCUUAAGAUCCACUAUUUUAGGAAAGACUUGAAGACUAAGAGGUUAUUGCAGUAGGUCAAGGAAAAAAAAAAUCUGUAAACAUUUUGCACUACUGAUUCCAAAGAUGCCUGUUUGGGAUUUAGACAGUUUCUUUUGUUUGGGUUUUUGUUGGUUUUUUGACUGCCUAACAUGAUGGGUGAACUGGAUUCAUCCGUUGAAAUCAACAGAACUCUGUGCACAAUAAUGCUUUUCUAUGAGACAGAGGAAGGACAGACUAUUUGUGGCUGUGCCCGAACUGCAUCAGGAUCACUAUAACUUUUGCCUCUGAAGGAAAACAAGAAAACCAGGAACAUGGAGAUCCAUGGUACUGCAAAAGAGAAUGAAAAAGUAUUUAAAAACAAAAAAAGGGCAAAAAAUAUACACGCUUAUUUCAGAAGCAGGUGCUUCAGAUAGCAGCUCUUUAAACCCUCUGAGGAUUAUAAAAUUAAAUCAGACACAGCAGCAAUCUGGUUAAUUGCUGAAUGAAGAAAGAAGGACUUAAUCUUACAUCAGCAGUCCCCCAGCCUUGUUGAACAAUGCGCUGACUGCAACAAGCAUAAGCUUCCAGCGGAUGAAAACUCAUAUCACUCGCUCAUAUUUAUGUGUAUAUAUAUAAUAUAUAUAAAAAAUAUAUACACACAACACAUAAAGAUCUCAUCAGCAUGGGAGAGUCAUACAAAUCCCAUGCAUUUUUACAGAGAACAAGUUGAAGUGUGACAAUUGCUUAGUCGUUCUUCCCACCACUGUUGUUGCUUUUCUUACUGUGAAUCUUGGCAGAUUUGAGGAGGGCACAGAGUGCAGAUGGUAUUGCUUAGAGAUCCCCCUACCACAUCUAAAGCUGAAGAAGAAAAUGGCUCCAGACUCAGCUCACCUCUAAUUAAUAUAUAUAUGUAGCGUCUUCCCUAAUUUGGUUGAUGCAAAGAUAUGUGUUCUUUAGAGGGCUUUAUCACCCUGAAAGAAAAAGAAAUUGCAUUGUCGGGUAAAAAAGUCUAUCAGGAUCCAGUUAAUAAUACAGUCCUGUUUAUUUUGCAACAUGAUGCUAGAGGAUAGGAAGGGGGAGGUAAUAGCUCUAAAUUUGGGAACUACGUGGUAUGCUUUAAAAGAGACAAAGGGUACCAUUCUAGAGACCAAUGCACUAAGGUAAAGAAUGUGUCCUUCAUGAGCAGAUAACCAUUUUUUCCGUUAUUUUUAGCGUCUAAGUCAUGUUCACCGCUUCCUUACAGAUAAUAUGAAGUAGGAACUAUGUCUGUGUUUAUACUUGUACAAUGGUCGUGGUGCUAUCUUAACACAUAUAUUAAAUUAUAAUGGACUAUAUGGAUAUUAGAUUCAAAACUAAGCCCUAACAGUAGACUAAUUGUUUGUAUGUGGAAGGACUGCUCCCACCUGCCCUAGAAAAGACCACCAAAAGCUUAAGUGAAACCUAAUACCAUGUGAUACUGAACUCAGCAUUUUAUUAAUGACUUGAUACUCGCCUUUCAGAUGUUCCAGUCUUUCUUUGUCUGCAAGGGAAGACACAACCCUUUCUUUGAAAUUAGUUAUAGCUUUAUUUCAAUAGAGACUAAGUCCAAACAGCUAUAGGGUAUUGAAAAGUGAAGCUAAUCAGAAAACUUAGCUGUGUUGGCCUAUGCAUUUAGCCAGAAAACUGAGAGUGUUCCUUCCCGCUGCCAGGCCUCACAACAGUCUUCUGUGCCUGAGUGAGUUGUUGAAAUAUGUGGUAAUAGUGAGCCAGUGUUUGAGGACAGCUUGGACUACUGAGGUGAUCCAGGGUACAGCUGCCUGAGACGCGCUCUGUGUGAAAUACUAAAGCUUGGUAGUGUCUGUAAUGCAGUUCUUCUGUUGGGUUUUGAUCUGUGAAGGCCUGUGCAGUCUGGAUCAUGGCCACCUGGAAUCUGCUGCUCUUCCAGCUGCGAGUUCUGCCGUUUGAGAUGAGCAGGACUACUUCUAGAUGUGCAUGCAUAGGGGCUUGAGGCAGAGCUUCCAUUCUCCUUUUCAUAUAAGUCUACUGGAGCAUGAGUUCAAGCCAAGGGAACAUAAGAAUGUCAUUCAUUAACUUCAGCCUUUGUAUGGAAGAACUAAGUGUAAGGAUGGUACAUCAUUGUCCCAGCCAAGGAGCAAGUAUUCUGGUGAUAUUAUCGAUAUGUUGUUUGUUAAAUUUUGUACAUGAGCGGAGAGCUAUACAGAGAAAUGUACACACAUUGCCAUUCCUUAAGGCAGGACCAUUUCCAAAAUGAUGCCAUUAAAAGCCUGUUAAAUUCCAACCAAAUCCAGAGGCAAUAACCAUAAACAUAGCUAUAACAAUGCUAAGGCUUGUGUGUGUCAUUUUUUUCCUUAGUUUAAAUGGUCAUUUUUUCUUAAUGUCUACACCUUUUUAACUGGCACAGUGUGACAGCAUGGUGGAAAUGGCUUUUAUGCUUUUUUAUUUAUCUGAAAUCUAAUGUAGGUAGAUGAGUCCUUCCUUAAAAACUGCUUUUUAAAAUACAAAUCCUCACUCCCUUUCUAAAGAGCCAAAGGAGGCUAGGACAGCUGAGACCGUAACACCCGGAACAUGAAUUCAAAUGUGAUUUCCUAUGAUAAUACUUUACAUUCUUUGGCACCUUCCGUGAAUUCAUACGAUUUUGUAAGUAUGAUUUAAAUUAGAUGUCAUAAAGUUUUGUCAUUGUUGCAAACUGAACCACUUUCAUACUCCAAAACUCUCAAACCUCUGCUAAAAAAGGGAGCAUAAGAGUUAGAUUUACAGAGGUAUUAAGGGCUUAGUGGGACUUUCAAAAGCACCAAAUUAUCUUUAAGCCUUUAUGUAGUUACACAUUUAAAUAGACUUGUGCCGAACACCCUUAUCUCUCAGUGACUACUUAGGCAAUCAUUGCUUUAUAGAGGUAUGUGGCAUACUGCCCCUUAGUAUUUGAUCUUCAGAGAUGACAACUGCACCUUGCAAGAUGACUUGGAGAUGAAUGCACGAAGUAGCUUAAAGUGAGAAGACAGUGCCUUCUAAAAUCAGGCGUUAGGAAUCAUUGCUUGUCUGUAUAUAAUUCAGUGGCCAAAAUCCCAUUGAUUUAAACAGAAACAAGGUCAAGCCUUAAAUUACAGCUGUCAGUUUCAUUUGUAAUUCAUAUCUGGCCUAACUAGACAGUACAACUCCAGAAGACCGGAGAGCAGUUAGAGCCUUGCUUCACCAGCAGCUUUAACAAAGUGCAAAUACAACUGAAAACAAAGGAAGACAAUUUGGGGAAUGGAUUUAUUCUAACAGUCUUAUGUUAACAUUACGCAAGAUACAAAGUGAUUAAAAAAGACACCUCCAAUAAUUAACUUUUCUCUUGCUAGUAACAUGAAAAGAGCUCUUAUUAUGUAUAAAAGAAAGCAGUAUCACUUAAGACCAAGCAUUAGCCACUGUAAGCCAUAUAGUCAUUAGACUAACAUCUAGACAGCUUACUGAUGGUAAUGUCACGGCUUUCUAACUCCACUGUUUUCGGUGGAUUUGCCUCCUUGACAACUGCUCGAGCUAAUGCUAUACAGAGAACAGAGCAAAACUACCGCUAUAGUUUAGCAGUGUUAGUGUCAAAACCCUAACCUAGUAAAACGUGACUGUGUAAUACGGAGCCUUCCAGAUGUAUUAACAUAACUUCUGCGCACAUGGCAAUAUUUAACAGAAAACCAAAUACCGCUUCUUCUGCACCUCCUCUAGUGUGAUCAGAGGAGUUGCAAAAGCCAUGCUUUUUUAUUUGUUAAGGAUGCCAUUCUGCAGCACAGGGCUAGAUCCAAAGCCCAGUGAAAAAUAAUGAUGAAACUCUUGUGCCUUCAGCUUGGGUUGAAGUCAGUAGGUGAACUUGCUCGAUGCCUUUCAAAAGAUGCAUAAUCUGAAAAGCAUGCUCUCAGUUUUACAUCAGCAUCAAUCACGUGACCUAAUUAAAGGUGGAUGGAUGAUUAAGUACAGGUCUACCAGGUGUGGCUUGACUGACAUGCAGGCUGAUCUCCAGAUCAGAUUUCUUUUCAUACUGGCAAAAACCCUUGAAGUGAGCCUAGCGCACAGAAACCCCGUGUAUCUGAGCGCACUGAGAUCAGCAUAUCGUUAUCCCUGUCUUAGGCAGGUAACACACUAUUGUCAGACAGCUGGCUAGGAGCUCCCUGCAUGGAUGGAGGAUGUACAGACAGGGGAGAACUGUGCUCCCAACCACUUCUGAGACUGUGCUGUAACAAAGUGUGGACACAGCUGCUAAGGCACUUCAAACAACUUAAAUAUAGAGCUAUUUUUCUCAGCUUGAAAAUAUUUUAUUCAUGUGAUCACUCACUGGUGAUAAGAUAAUCACCUACUUAAAAUGAAGCCUGUCCCUUACUGAUACCCUGGUUACUUUAUCAUGUUUUCUUGCAAUGGUUUUUGAGCCUUUUUUUAAAGCAUGUGAGAACUGGUUUGCACGUGACUGUAAAUCCAGGUUAGGACAGAACUCAGAUUACUGAAUAUGUAGUUGCAGUUGUUAAAAAGAGUAUCUGUUAGUUAGGCAUAUCAGCGUAAAAAUAUUACACAGUUAAUAUUAUCUGGCCUAACACUGACUGUGUUCCACAGAGAGAGAGAGAGAGAGAUUGAUCCGAAGCACGGUGACAUGCUAGAGGAAAGACUCCAAUUGGUUUUGACAGGCUCUGGAGCAGUCCAGCAACUAAUAACUGUAGAACAGUUUGAAGUUAUUCAUAGGGAUUAAAUUACAUUGGCAACUGGUAUAGUCCUUUCUUUUGAGGCAGGUGCAACUCUCAGAUGGGCAGGUGCACUUCCCAGGGUGAAAAUUCAGCCUUGGCAAAAGCUUUUUUUAACAUUGUUGAAAUUUCAGCAGCAAAUUGAAAGACUACAUUUGGUGCAGUGAAUUAAAUCAUGUGCCUGAGAGCAGCAUUUGACCUUCAAGUUUUAAGACUUUUUUUCCUCUUUUUAGACUGGUAGAAAGUAGCCUUACUGUCUCAGGAGCGUCCUUCAGUGGAAAUUAAACCCCUCUUGAUUUUGAACUGAUCAGUUCCAUUGUAAUCACAGAAUGGGAUUAGGGAGUGACAAGGAAACAUGGAAGAGGCCUUGUCAGUGCUCAGAGGCUCAACUGGGGACCAAAAACUUCCUUUCCUUCUGUGCUAGGGUUAUCUCUUGAGUGAAAUUACCUCAGUAGUUGCUGCAGGGCAUUACUGAAUGUGACUGGGUAACAAGACGGAAAUAGCUGGUGUCUGUGUGGCAGCACUUAUACUAACAUGGGGAUGCAGAGAUUAGAUGAUCCUGCACAAAGCUGACAUGCAAAUUCAUGUCUGAGCCUGGUCCCUUAGGUUGCCUAAGCUGGGACGCAUCCCUUUUGAAAGGCAGGAAGUUCUGGAAGUUCACCUGAGGCAGAGCGCGCUUCUUCCUCCAUGCAAAAGAAUGAUUAUGAGAAAAUUCUUUGAACUAAAAGGGGUUCUUCCAAAGGACUUGAAAGAGUGGAGGCUUUUUUACUUAGUUGACAGAGAUUGUAAGAUCUAAGCAGCAAGGAAAAAUAAGUACUUAAAAAAAAAAAGGAAAAAUAUCUUGAUGGUUGUUAACAUUCAUAUUUCACAGCAUGGCAGCAGAAUGGAGCAAGAUACCUGUGCGUACGCUGUUCCCAUUAAUAUCAAUGGCAGCUAGGAAGACCAAGCCAGGAGAAAACACGGU